AGCCGGGCGGGCGCUCGGUUCGUUCGUUUACAAUAAAUGGUAUUAUAAGCUCAGAGUGUAUAUUUGGGGGGCGCCGUAUCUCUUCGUCAUCGAAAGCAAGCCCUGCCACCACAAGCCGGUCAAUUGUAUAGUGCUAUGUGCGUCGAUCAGUCGCGCUCGCCUCUCCGCACGUCGCCGCCGCCCGCGCCGCCUGCGCCGCUCGCUCAUCAAAAUGACAUUCUCGAUACAUUGACGUUAAAUUGAAAACAUUGAACAUGUGUUGUGCCAGGUACACCAACUACCUGUUCCGUAGUGUUGUGAAGUACACAUGUGGACUAGCCAGCCGCGAAAGCGACGCCGAUAUGUCGCUGAAGCAGGGCAGCGGCACCGGCAAGGUCCAUUUCGGUGGUUUGGAUGAUGUGUCCUUGUACGGCACGCCAGUGGAACCAGCGCCGCCGGCGACGGACGCCAAGCAAGGCUUCCUGCGAAACCAGCUGCAGGCACUCUUCCAACCCACCGACAACAAACUAGCCAUGAAACUCUUCGGCUCGAAGAAGGCGCUGAUGAAGGAGCGCAUCAGGCAGAAAGCUGCUGGCCACUGGGUUAUACAUCCGUGCAGUAGUUUCAGAUUCUAUUGGGACCUGUGUAUGCUACUACUGCUCGUGGCCAACCUCAUCAUCCUGCCCGUUGCCAUCUCCUUCUUCAACGAUGACCUCAGCACGCGCUGGAUCGCCUUCAAUUGUCUUUCCGACACCAUAUUUCUUAUAGAUAUCGUUGUUAAUUUUAGAACAGGAAUAAUGCAGCAAGAUAAUGCAGAACAAGUGAUAUUAGAUCCCAAGUUAAUAGCGAAGCACUAUUUGAGGACAUGGUUCUUCCUUGACCUCAUCUCUAGUAUACCACUAGAUUAUAUAUUUUUGAUCUUCAAUCAGGUAAACGACUUUAGUGAAAGCUUUCAAAUUCUUCACGCGGGUCGUGCACUAAGGAUACUUCGGUUAGCAAAACUUCUAUCUCUGGUGCGGCUGCUGCGGCUCUCCAGGCUCGUCCGAUAUGUAUCACAAUGGGAGGAAGUAUAUUUCCUCAACAUGGCAUCCGUUUUCAUGCGGAUAUUCAACUUGAUCUGCAUGAUGUUAUUAAUCGGACAUUGGUCCGGUUGUCUACAGUUCCUCGUUCCUAUGCUGCAAGGAUUCCCCCCAAACUCUUGGGUUGCAAUAAACGAACUACAGGAAGCGUUUUGGUUAGAACAGUACUCGUGGGCGCUGUUUAAAGCCAUGUCACAUAUGCUGUGCAUCGGUUACGGCCGCUUCCCGCCGCAGUCGCUCACAGACAUGUGGCUCACCAUGCUCUCCAUGAUCUCCGGAGCCACUUGCUACGCCUUGUUCCUGGGUCACGCCACCAAUCUCAUCCAGAGUCUUGACUCCUCACGAAGACAGUACCGAGAAAAGGUGAAACAAGUGGAGGAGUACAUGGCGUACCGCAAGCUGCCUCGAGAGAUGCGUCAACGGAUCACGGAGUACUUCGAGCACCGCUACCAGGGCAAGUUCUUCGACGAGGAACUGAUCCUUGGCGAGCUGAGCGAGAAGCUGCGGGAGGACGUCAUCAACUACAAUUGCCGAUCACUCGUCGCCUCUGUGCCAUUCUUCGCCAACGCCGACUCUAACUUCGUGUCCGACGUUGUGACCAAACUACGUUACGAAGUCUUCCAACCUGGUGAUAUCAUCAUUAAGGAAGGAACCAUCGGGAGCAAAAUGUAUUUCAUACAAGAAGGCAUCGUGGACAUCGUCAUGGCCAACGGUGAAGUGGCCACGAGUUUGUCAGACGGUUCCUACUUUGGUGAAAUCUGUCUCCUAACGAACGCUCGUAGAGUGGCCUCCGUCCGCGCCGAGACGUACUGCAAUUUAUUCUCCCUGUCAGUGGACCACUUCAACGCUGUGCUCGACCAGUACCCGCUCAUGCGACGGACCAUGGAGAGCGUGGCGGCCGAACGACUAAACAAGAUAGGGAAGAACCCCAACCUCGUGGCGCAUCGGGAGGACGACACGACGUCGGAGGGCAACACCAUCAACGCCGUGGUGAACGCGCUGGCGGCCGAGGCCGAGCACGUGAGCCUGUCGGACGACAGCGUGGCGCGGCUGUCGGAGCGCUCGCUGGGGCUGGCGCUGCAGCCGCUGCAGGCGGCGUCGUGCCGCAUGGCGGGCGUGGCGCUGCCGGGGCUGGGCGUGGCGGGCGUGGCGCUGCCGCGGCCCAAGUCGGAGCACGACUUCAGCGCCGCGGCGCCGCUGUCGUCCGCGGCCGCCGCCUUCCACAAGUCGGACGCGGGCAUCGCGCCCUGACGCCGCACGCUGUGCUAGUGCGACAUAGCAAUACUAGGCUUAGUGCGAGCGUCCCGCGGCACGCUCGCUAGUUGUAGCGUAGACACGAGUAUUAUAGCUGCGACUUCGCCGGGCGGACUCCGCGCCGCCCGUUGAAUCUCAUUUUGUGAUCUUAUACUUAAUUCUCCUGUGUUAUAAUUUAGGUUAAAUUUUAUAUCAUUGACGCUGUGAGGAAUCGAAGAAUACGUGACGUAUUCCGAUUGUAUAGAUAUACCUGUUAUAUAUUGAAGAAUAAUACUAUUGAAUCUUUAUAGAGAUACCUUGCCAUUAAAAGAGAAAAUAAUUAUAUAGACUAGACUGAAAUGUAAAGAUAUCACUAUUUUAUGCUUUGUUGGCGUAUGAAAUAGACCUCUAUUGUUGAUGCGGAAUAUUCGAUCGCGAAGUUAAGUAUGAAAGUAUAUAAACGUUCCUGAUUAUCACGAUUCAGAGAUUAUUAUAUUGGAAGCUGUUUAUUGUAACGUUGGCUCGUGGGAGGGUACAGGUGGAGCCAGGCGAGGCACGAGGGCGCAGCCCCAGCGCUCAGGCCGGGCCUCCACUGCACAAGCGACGCACAACUGAACAGAGCCUCACGCGCGAUUCCAAUAGCACACGGUUGCUUUCUUCAUUUAAUUAUAAGUAGUAUCUACCGAUAAUCGGCAUAAUUAGCGCAAACAAUUCUCUCAGUUUCUUAAGUAGAGGUGGAUCAGUAGCGCUUCGAAUCUUUUGAGAGUCGUUUCUGUAUGUAAAUAUUGUAAUAUCGAGGGUUUGCCUUAGCGCGGUUCGUGUUCGUUCGAGCGGUCCAGUCAAUUAAUCCGAGCGCUCGCAUUGCGCGACGGACGUCUCGGUUCUCGAUGCACUACUACACUUCAUACCUUGUUUUAAUUGUAGGUGAAAAUAAUUUAUUGUCGAUAGUAAUCAUUUCGUAGGAGUAAGUAGGCCGGAGCGUUAACAAAUUCGGACGAAUUACAUUAUGUGAUAGAGCAGCGGUCGGCUGCGCGGGCCCCGCGGCCGCCGGCUCGGCGACUCGUAGAUGACCAGUAGAUAGACAGUUACGUGCAUGACACAUGAUUCUCUCACUUGGAACUUAUCUAUCGUUUGACUCCUUCGAUAGCCACUUUAGUUACUUCUGGCAAUUACAAUGGCUUACUGCAAACGCUUAUACAUUUGAAUAACUGUAGCCUAACUUAGGUAUUAUAUUAUAAUGAGCAACAUAUCCUAGCGAGGCUCAGUCCGACUUAGUUUCUGUCGCCGAGCCGACGGCCGCGCCGGCGUCGCAACUUUUGGCACGAAUCAUCGUUGACUAAUUCUUAUAGUGUCAUGACAAUUUGUAAAGAUGGUUUUGCAAAUGUUGACUUUUUAGCCAAAAUAUAGGUAAUGAAAGACGAACCAAUACGCAGUAGCUUCCUUGUAGAUGAACGCAGCCUAGUUCUCAGUUUUGGCGACUAACACCAAUAAUACUUUGUACUCGUAAGAUAUUUAUACAAUACAUUGGUCUUAGCAGAGUGACUAUCUGUCAAUUUAUCUACAAAGAGAAUAUAUUAUUGCGUUUCAUUCCCAGAAGCAUUUAUUUGUUGUUGUUUUAUCUACCUAACAUUACCGCUUUUGUAAAUUAUAUAAAUUUUAUAGAAGAGAUCUAUUUUUAUUGUGAAGUUGAUCUACUGGAUGUAAGUAAAGAACCUAUAUAAAAUUUAUUUCAUUUUAAUCUGAACUGUUAUUUGUUACAUAUUUUAAUAAUUUCUGGUAACUAUUGUCACCAAAAGUGCUCAUCGCUGUCAAGAAAAUUAGUGAAAAAAUGCAUUAAAGAAUGAAGAAAUCC